AUUUCAACGAAGACAGUCAGUAUGCUAUUGCCAAGAAAUAUUGUCUAGAAAGUAUGAAAUUAGCCUGCAAAGAAGCUGAACUUUGGGAGAACAACAUUAGGGGAUCCUCGUCCAGAGACAUGCGCUAUUUUCUCUAUAUUGGACGAAUCACUGAAGAGGAGAGUUUGUCACCAUACAUACCUCCUCCAGCGCCAAUGACAAUUCUUGAUACAGAAACACGGGCCAUAAUCAAGGUAGGAAUUAAGAAACAUGGAAGAGAACUGCAAACCUUUUUCAAAUGGAACCCUGUUGGAAAUGAUUAUAUAUUCUGGCAAGACGGUCAUGUGUACUACUCAGAAUCUGUGGAAUCCAAUCAAUCUGUACAAAUAACUGAUGGAGGUCCGAACAUGGUUCAUGGAACCCUUGAUUUAUUUCAUGUGGAUAAACUGCUUGGAGCAAAUACGGAAUCAGGAGAACGUGAUUUUGAGGAGCAAGGUGUUGGAUGGUCACCAAAGGGCGAAAAAGUUGCAAUCAUGAGCCAUGAAGUCAGUUCCAAUGAAAAAACGGUGCACAUGAUAAGUUAUUUUAUUGAAAGGAACUAUGCAAAAACUAUGGAAAUUAGAUACCCAAAAACUCAUGAAUUCUUACCAAGACAUGUUAUCAGUAUCUGGGAUAAACAAACUCGCACUUUGAAACAUAUGAAGGCUCAGCUCAAAAAUGAA